UAUACACUCGUAUAGAGCAUUGAACCCAAAACAUCUUUAGUUCUUCAGCAAAAUGGAAAGUUGCAGCUUGAUAACCUUAUUUCUCUUGUGUAUUGCUUUCUAUUCACUAGCAGAAUGUAAAUCCGUGGGAGAUAUGCCAAACAUUUUCAUAGACAAAGUGAUUGAAAACAAUUUAAAAACCAAAUCGAAUUUUGAAGAUCUUAAGCAGUUACCUCUACACGAUAAAUUGAUUACAGUAGAAGUGAAGAUUCGCCUCAAGAAUGGUAAAAUUAUGGGGUUAUUCGACGUGGAAAGAAACGGCAACUGCCAGGACAGAAGGUUCAGGACACCCUCAUACGCGAGUCACGUGUACUGCGUUGUUCGAAGCUGCGAUUUCGUCUUCAAUCAGGUGAUCGUGACACACGACGGAUACGUGUACUUGGAGGAAAAUGUCCUAUUUAGCUUUGAGGUUGAAGUUACUUAUAAAAAGGUUCACGUGUAUACUGAAAUUGUGGGAACGAAUUCCUUUGAAAGGCCCUAUUUAACUAAUUUUACCAUUACCAAUAUAGAACUGGAGAAUGUACACUUUUAUUAUUUUCCACAGGAAAGAAGCGCCUACAAAAAUCUUAUAACAACCAAAUUGCUUGAUUAUCUAAACACAGAAAUGAAUUAUUUAUUAAGAUAUUACUAUUGGAAUAUUUUAAAUAGUGCCCUGUCCAAUAAAAACACUCCUCCAUUUGUUUUUUCGAAUUAAAAAACAAUUAUUGGAUGGUUUAAUUUUUUUUUACUGUUUAGGAUAAUAAGUGUGGUUAACGUUGUUUCAUCGGUGAAACUGUAGAACAUAAUUUAUAAAAGCUUUUCUCUUGAUGUGUUAUUUUGUAUAGAAUGAUAUUGUUCAAAUAAACAAACAACGUCAACACAAAUAUCUCGAAUGA